AUGCCAAAAAUAGUUUUGCUCGUAGCGAAUGAAAAUGGAGUAUCAUUUUUGGAUCAACAUUAUUUUCUCAAGAUAUAUGUUAUUCGAAAUGAUACUGGUCGAGUCUUGGUAAAAAGUGAAACGACGGAUUAUUUACCAAGAACAGUCAAACUUGAUAUUGCCGAUGAAAAUACAAAUAAUACUGAACAAAACAAAAAUGCUCCUCAUGCACCAACAGAUAGUAAAACAUUAUUCCAUUUGUCGGCAGAAUUAUGUCAUAUGCUCGAUGAUAAAAAAAUAAAAAUGAUAUCAAAACAUCCGCUUGCAAUUACAAACUUGAGUUUAGGUAGAUUAAUGAUUAUUAAUGUUUCUGAGCCAAAGACAUAA